ACAGAAAAAAAAACAAGUUAAAAUCUACUCACAUCAGAGGAGGAAGGGAGGGAGAGAGCGGGGUGAAAACGCCCUGGAAAGUUGGUUGAUCGAGAAAGAAGUGACAGAAUCCUAACAGACUGCAAAGCUGUGGGUGGAAGAGGUGCUCUUCUUGGGCUGGGUAGAACGGGAGAGAACACGUUUUCCAGGAUGCUCAGGGAAGUGUGAGGCUUCUUGGGCGCAGGGACUGCGCACAGAAGUCAAGAGAGACAAACCACAUCAUCAGACUGAAGCCCUUGGCAUUGCUUGAGCAAUCCAAGGAAAAACCAAGAUUUUUUCCAUCACAACUGAGGCCAAAUAGAGAAGAGCAAAAAAGAUGGCUGAAGAGGAAGAAACCAGGGAAGUUCUUUUCCCAGACUGGGAGGGUCCCGACCAAACUGGCUUGACAAUUGAACAGACAGGAGGAGAGAUCUUUGUUAAGGAGGUCAAAGGAGAGUCACCUGCGGCUCGGUCUGGAAAAGUAUAUGAAGGUGAUCAAAUUGUUGGUGCCACAAUUUACUUUGACAACAUGAGCUCAGAAGAAACAGCAGAGCUACUGAAGACACUGAACCGCCAUAAGGUUGGACUGAAACUGCAAAACAAAGGAGACAAAUCCCCCCUCUGCUCGCCUUUGGGCACACCAUGUCGCUCACCAAUGGGUACACUGACAUGGGAAGGGAAGACGCGAUUUGGAGGAUCCAGUCCAGACAUCAUCCUUGGUGGUGAUGAGGAGGACUAUAAGAGAAUAUACACAAAAAAGAUCAAACCAAGGCUGAAGUCUGAAGAUCUUGCAGAGGGAGUAGAUGUUCGUACAGAGCGCCACAGCAGCACAAGCAGUGAUGGCAACACUAUUACUACAAUCACCCGGCGCAUCACUACCUACACAGUAGAUAUGCCAAGUGACAUAAGUGAGCAACUUGAACUUUCAAGCCCAGAGUUUAAGGGGCUAAAGCUUGAAUCUGGAGAUGGCUCUCCUGGAUUCAGAAUCACACAUGGCAGUACUUCAGUUAAAGAGGGAGCAGAGGAGGGAGUUUUUGAGUCAGGCAAUGUCUCCAAAGAGACACGCUGGGGCAGUGGGGUUGUUAAGACAACAAUAACCUCAAGAGAGACAGAAAAAGACAGAAGUACAGGUCUUAGAUAUAAAGGGCCAAGCACUGGAAAAAAAGGUGACCAGGCAGAUUUUGACAUUUCAAGAGCGAGUGGAGAAAAAGGAGAUGGAAGAAAUCAGGUGUCAGAAACAAACAUGGCAAUAAUAAACAGUGGGACUACUAAAGUAACAAUAGGCAGCGUGGCAGGUGCAGAUGUUGAUGUUGACCUUCCCAAAGCUAACACUGAUGUGAAUAUAAAAGGGCCGAAGAUGCCAGGUUUAGACAUCAAACUAAGAGGUUCUAAAGUGGAGGGAGAUGUGGAUGUCUCACUCCCAAACAUUAAAGGAGAUAUACAAGCUCCUGAGGUGGACCUUGAAGGACCAGAUGUUGACACUGAGGGCAGCAAAGUAGAAUUUAAAAUGCCUAAAUUCAAAGGUGCAUCGUUUGGCAUCACAGGUUCAAACAUAGAAAGCCCAGAUGUUUCCCUUUCUAAAGCCAACAUUGAUGUGAAAGCAACUAACAUUGCCAUCAAGGCUCCAGAGAUUGGCAGUGGAGGCUAUGAUGGAAAAAUCAAAGGACCCACUUUUAAGGUGUCAACCAUAAAAGGACCAAAGAUGCCAGAUAUCAAAUUAAAAGGUUCUAAAGUGGCAUCAGAGAUUGAAGGAGAUAUACAAGCUCCUGAGGUGGAUAUCGAAGGACCAGAUGUUGACAUUGGGGCCAGUAAAGGAGGAAUUAAAAUGCCUACAUUUAAAAUGAUGUCAUUUGGCAUCCAGGAUCCAAACAUGGUCAGUCCAGAUGUUGAUGUUAAUCUUCCCAAAGCCAACAUUGAUGUGAAAGCACCUGAAGUUGACAUCAAAUAUCCAGAGUUUGACACUGAAGGACCAGAUGCAAAACUGAAAGGGCUCAAAAUCAACAUACCAACAAUUUCAGGACCCAAGGUGUCAACCUCAGAUGUAGAUGUCCAUCUAAAAGGUUCGAAACUGAAAGGUGAAGUUGACAUGUCAGUUCCAAAAAUAGAGGGAGUGAUAAAAACAUCUGAAGUUGACAUCACAGGUCCGAAGGUUGAUAUUGAAAGGCCAAAGGGUGUAUUUGAAAUACCAAAAUUAAACAUGCCUUCCAUUAACAUUAAAGGUCCUACAAUGGAGGGCCUGGAUGUUGAUGUGAACCUUCCAAAGGCAAACAUUGAUGUGGAAGGAAGUGAAAUUGACAUUGAAGGCCCCGAUACAAAUAUCAGAGGGCCCAAACUAAAAGGUCCUAAAGUGGAGGGAGAUGUGGCUGUCUCUCUUCGAAAGACUGAAGGAGAUAUACAAGCUCCUGGGGUGGACAUUGCAGGCCCAGAUGUCGACAUUGAGGGCAGCAAAGGAGGAUUUAAAAUACCUACGUUUAAAAUUCCUUCAUUUUCCAAUAAAGGUACAAAAGUAGAAAGCCCAGAUGUUGAUGUUAAUCUUCCCAAAGUCAAAGUUGAUGUGAAAGGUCAUGAAGUUGACAUCAAAUCUCCAGAAUUCGACACUGAAGGACCAGAUGGUAAAUUGAAAGGGCCCAAAUUCACAAUGUCAACAAUUUCAGGACCCAAGGUGUCAAUUCCAGAUGUAGAUGUCCAUCUAAAAAGUAAAAAACUGAAAGGUCAAGUUGACAUGUCAGAGAUAGAGCGAGAAAAACGAACACCUGAAGUUGACAUCAAAGGUCCUAAGGUUGAUAUUGAAGGACCAAAGGCUGGAUUUGACAUGCCUAAAACCAGAAUGCCGACUUUUAAUCUCAAGGGUGCAAAAAUUGAGUGUCCAGAUAUUGAUGUGAACAUCCCCAAGGCAAACGUUGAUGUGAAAGGAAGUGAUGUUGAUAUUAAAGCUCCAGAAAUUGACAUUGAAGGCCCUGAUGCAAAUAUCAGAGGGGCCAAAUUGAAGAUGCCAACCACAAAAGGAGUAACAAUGCCAGAUUUAGACAUCAAACUAAAAGGUCCUAAAGUGGGAGGAAAUGUGGAUGUCUCACUCCCAAAGAUGAAAGGAAAUAUACAAGCUCCUGAUGUGGACAUUGCAGGACCUGAUGUUGAUAUUGAGGGCAGCAAAGGAGGAUUUAAAUUGCCUAAAUUAAAAGUCCCAACAUUUGGCAUCGAGGCUCAAAACAUAGAAAGCCCAGAUGUUGAUGUUAAUCUUCCCACAGCCAACAUUGAUGUGAAAGCACCUGGCAUUGACAUUAAGGCUCUAGCUAUUGAUAUUGGAGGCCCUGAUGCAAAAAUUGAAGGGCCCAAAUUCACCAUGCCAAAAAUUUCAGGACCUGAAUUGUCAAUGCCAGAUAUAGAUACCCAGCUGAAAAGUCCCAAAUUGAAAGGUAAUGUUGACAUAUCAGCUCCAAAGAUAGAGGGAGAAAUAAAAACACCUGAAAUUGAUAUCAAAGGUCCUAAUCUUGAAAAAACUGCUCCAAAAUUUAAACUGUCAACGAUAUCCGGUCCAAAAAUGUCUUCAACAAAUGUUGACAUAUCCAUGAAGGGGUCAGGUCUGAAAGGCGAUUUAAAAGGGGAUGUUGAAGUUAAACCAGAUAUCACAGUUGACAUUCCUGAAAUAAGCACAAAGAAAACCAAAUUUAAAAUGCCAAAGUUUGGAAUUAAGGGUCCAAAGGUAAAGGGCCCACAGACUGAUGUAAGCCUCAAAGGGGAAAUUGGAAGCUCUGAAGGCGAUGAUGUUGACCUGGGAUUAAAUGAUCCAAAAAUCAAAGGUUCAAAAUUCAAGAUGCCUAAAUUUGGAUCCAAAGGCCAAAAGACUGAAAUGCCAGAAGUUGAUCUUAAUGUUGACAUUGAAGGCCCUGAUGCAAACCUCCAAGGACCAGAUAUGAAACUUCCAUCACUUUCAGGACCCAACAUUCCAGACUGGGAUAUUAGCCUGAAAGGGCCCAAAGUAGAGGGAAAUGUCUCAGUUCCAAAGAUUGAGGGUAAUAUAAAAGCUUCCAAAAUUGACAUUGAAGGAACAGAUUUGGACCUUGAUGGUAAAAAAGCAGAAUUCAAAAUGCCUAAUCUCAAAACUCCCUCUUUUGGAAUCAAAGGGCUGGAUGUUGAAGCACCAGCAGUUGAUGUUAGUCUGCCAGAGGCUGAUGUUGAUAUUAGAGCUCCAGAUUUUGAUAUCAAAGGACCAGAGGUUGACCUGGAAUGUCCCAGUGGUAAGAUCAAGGGACCAACAUUCAAAAUGCCAACCAUCAAAGGACCUCAUAUCUCUAUGCCUGAUGUGGAUUUCAAUGUGAAAGGUCCAAGAAUGGAGGGGCCAGAUAUCAAUUUGAGACUCCCCAAGGGUGAAAUUGAUGUGAAAGUACCUGACAUUGACAUCAAAGCUCCAGAGAUUGACAUUAAAGGCCCUGAUGCAAACCUCCAAGGACCAAAGAACACAUUUCCAUCAAGUUCAGGACCCAAGCUCCCAGACUGGAAACUUAAACUGAAAGGGCCAAAAGGUAAGGGUGAUGUUGAUGUCCCAGUUCCAAAGACUGAGGGUAACGUAAAAGCUCCUGCAAUUGACAUUGAAGGACAAGAUUUGGACCUUGAUGCCGAAACAGGAGGAUUUAAAAUGCCUAAAAUCAAAAUGCCAUCCUUUGGAUUUAAAGGCACACGUGUUGGAGGGCCAGAAGUUGAUGUUAGUCUCCCAGAGGCUGAUAUUGAUAUCGGAGCUCCAGAUGUUGACAUUAAAGGACCAGAGGUUGACCUGGAAGGUCCCAGUGGUAAGAUCAAGGGAGCACAAUUCAAAAUACCAACCAUCAAAGCACCUAAUAUCUCUAUGCCUGAUGUGGAUCUCAAUAUGAAAGGUCCAAACCUGAAAGGUGGUGUGGAUGUAUCAGUUCCAAAGAUUGAGGGUGAUAUAAAAGGACCCAAAGUUGACAUUGAAGGACCAGAUGUUGACCUUGAUGCUAAAACAGGAGGAUUUAAAAUGCCUAAAUUUAAAAUUCCAUCCUUUGGAUUUAAAGGCACACACGUUGAAGGGCCAGGCGUUGAUGUUAGUCUCCCAGAGGCUGAUAUUGAUAUCAGAGCUCCAGAUGUUGACAUCAAAGGACCAGAGGUUGACCUGGAAGGUCCCAGUGGAAAGAUCAAGGGAUCAAAAUUCAAAAUUCCAAACAUCAAAGGACCACAAAUCUCUAUGCCUGAUGUGGAUGUUAAUUUGAAAGGUCCAAACUGGAAAAGCAGUGUGGAUGUAUCAGGUCCAAAGAUUAAAGGAGACAUAGGAAAACCUGACAUUGAUUUCAAAGGUCCAGGGAUUGAUAUUGAGGGACCAAAUGCUGGAUUUGACAUGCCUAAAAUCAAAAUGCCAACUUUCAAAGGUGCUAAAAUGGAGGGCCCAGAUAUUGACGUGAACCUCCCUAAAGCUGACUUUGAUGUGAACUUACCGAGUGUUGACGUCAAAGCUUCAGAGAUUGACAUCGAAGCUCCUGAUGCAAAACUCCAUGGACCAAAUAUCAAAUUACCAUCUAUUUCAAGACCCAAGCUCCCAGAGUGGGAUCUUAAACUGAAAGGGCCCAAAGUAAAGGGAGAUGUUGAUGUCUCAGUUCCAAAGAUUGAGGGUGAUAUAAAAGGACCCAAACUUGAUAUUGAAGGACCAGAUGUUGACCUUGAUGGUAAAACAGGAGGAUUUAAAAUGCCUAAAUUCAAAAUGCCAUCCUUUGGAUUUAAAGGCUCACAUGGUGAAGGGCCAGAGGUUGAUGUUAGUCUCCCGGAGGCUGAUAUUGAUAUCAGAGCUCCAGAUAUUGAUAUCAAAGGACCAGAGGUUGACCUGGAAAGUCCCAGUGGAAAGAUCAAGGGAUCAAAAUUCAAAAUUCCAACCAUCAAAGGACCUCAAAUCUCUAUGCCUGAUGUGGAUUUUAAUUUGAAAGGUCCAAACUGGAAAGGCGGUGUGGAUGUUUCAGGUCCAAAGAUGAAAGGAGACAUAGGAAAACCUGACAUUGAUUUCAAAGGUCCAGGGAUUGAUAUUGAAGGACCAAAGGCUGGAUUUGAAAUGCCAAAAAUCAAAAUGCCAACUUUCAAAGGUGCUAAACUGGAGGGCCCAGAUAUUGAUGUGAACCUCCCUAAGGCUGACUUUGAUGUGAACUUACCGAGUGUUGACGUCAAAGCUCCAGAGAUUGACAUCGAAGCUCCUGAUGUAAAACUCCAUGGACCAAAUAUCAAUUUACCAUCAAUUUCAGGACCCAAGCUCCCAGAGUGGGAUCUUAAACUGAAAGGGCCCAAAGUAAAGGGAGAUGUUGAUGUCUCAGUUCCAAAGAUUGAGGGUGAUAUAAAAGGACCCAAACUUGAUAUUGAAGGACCAGAUGUUGACCUUGAUGGUAAAACAGGAGGAUUUAAAAUGCCUAAAUUCAAAAUGCCAUCCUUUGGAUUUAAAGGCUCACAUGGUGAAGGGCCAGAGGUUGAUGUUAGUCUCCCGGAGGCUGAUAUUGAUAUCAGAGCUCCAGAUAUUGAUAUCAAAGGACCAGAGGUUGACCUGGAAAGUCCCAGUGGAAAGAUCAAGGGAUCAAAAUUCAAAAUGCCAAACAUCAAAGGACCUCAAAUCUCUAUGCCUGAUGUGGAUUUUAAUUUGAAAGGUCCAAACUGGAAAGGCGGUGUGGAUGUUUCAGGUCCAAAGAUUAAAGGAGACAUAGGAAAACCUGACAUUGAUUUCAAAGGUCCAGGGAUUGAUAUUGAAGGACCAAAGGCUGGAUUUGAAAUGCCUAAAAUCAAAAUGCCAACUUUCAAAGGUGCUAAAAUGGAGGGCCCAGAUAUUGAUGUGAACCUCCCUAAGGCUGACUUUGAUGCGAACUUACCGAGUGUUGACGUCAAAGCUCCAGAGAUUGACAUCGAAGCUCCUGAUGUAAAACUCCAUGGACCAAAUAUCAAAUUACCAUCAAUUUCAGCGCCCAAGCUCCCAGACUGGGAUCUUAAACUGAAAGGGCCCAAAGUAAAGGGAGAUGUUGAUGUCUCAGUUCCAAAGAUUGAGGGUGAUAUAAAAGGACCCAAACUUGAUAUUGAAGGACCAGAUGUUGACCUUGAUGGUAAAACAGGAGGAUUUAAAAUGCCUAAAUUCAAAAUGCCAUCCUUUGGAUUUAAAGGCUCACAUGGUGAAGGGCCAGAGGUUGAUGUUAGUCUCCCGGAGGCUGAUAUUGAUAUCAGAGCUCCAGAUAUUGAUAUCAAAGGACCAGAGGUUGACCUGGAAAGUCCCAGUGGAAAGAUCAAGGGAUCAAAAUUCAAAAUGCCAAACAUCAAAGGACCUCAAAUCUCUAUGCCUGAUGUGGAUUUUAAUUUGAAAGGUCCAAACUGGAAAGGCGGUGUGGAUGUUUCAGGUCCAAAGAUUAAAGGAGACAUAGGAAAACCUGACAUUGAUUUCAAAGGUCCAGGGAUUGAUAUUGAAGGACCAAAGGCUGGAUUUGAAAUGCCUAAAAUCAAAAUGCCAACUUUCAAAGGUGCUAAAAUGGAGGGCCCAGAUAUUGAUGUGAACCUCCCUAAGGCUGACUUUGAUGUGAACUUACCGAGUGUUGACGUCAAAGCUCCAGAGAUUGACAUCGAAGCUCCUGAUGUAAAACUCCAUGGACCAAAUAUCAAAUUACCAUCAAUUUCAGCGCCCAAGCUCCCAGACUGGGAUCUUAAACUGAAAGGGCCCAAAGUAAAGGGAGAUGUUGAUGUCUCAGUUCCAAAGAUUGAGGGUGAUAUAAAAGGACCCAAACUUGAUAUUGAAGGACCAGAUGUUGACCUUGAUGGUAAAACAGGAGGAUUUAAAAUGCCUAAAUUCAAAAUGCCAUCCUUUGGAUUUAAAGGCUCACAUGGUGAAGGGCCAGAGGUUGAUGUUAGUCUCCCGGAGGCUGAUAUUGAUAUCAGAGCUCCAGAUAUUGAUAUCAAAGGACCAGAGGUUAACCUGGAAAGUCCCAGUGGAAAGAUCAAGGGAUCAAAAUUCAAAAUUCCAAACAUCAAAGGACCUCAAAUCUCCAUGCCUGAUGUGGAUUUUAAUUUGAAAGGUCCAAACUGGAAAGGCGGUAUGGAUGUAUCAGGUCCAAAGAUUAAAGGAGACAUAGGAAAACCUGACAUUGAUUUCAAAGGUCCAGGGAUUGAUAUUGAAGGACCAAAGGCUGGCUUUGAAAUGCCUAAAAUCAAAAUGCCAACUUUCAAAGGUGCUAAAAUGGAGGGCCCAGAUAUUGAUGUGAACCUCCCUAAGGCUGACUUUGAUGUGAACUUACCGAGUGUGGACGUCAAAGCUCCAGAGAUUGACAUCAAAGGCUCUGAUGCAAAACUCCAUGGACCAAAUAUCAAAUUACCAUCAAUUUCAGGACCCAGAGUCCCAGACUGGGAUCUUAAACUGAAAGGACCCAAAGUAAAGGGUGAUGUUGAUGUCUCAGUUCCAAAGAUUAAGGGUGAUAUAAAAGCACCUAAAAUGGAUGUUAAAGGACCAGAUGUUGACCUUGAUGUUAAAAAAGGAGGAUUUAAAAUGCCUAAAUUUAAAAUGCCAACCUUUGGAUUCAAAGGCCCUCAUGUUGAAGUGCCAGAGGUUGAUGUUAGUCUUCCAGAGGCUGAAAUUGAUAUCAGAGCUCCAGAUAUUGAUAUCAAAAAACCAGAGGUUGACCUGGAAAGUCCCAGUGGUAAGAUCAAGGGACCAAAAUUCAAAAUGUCAACCAUCACAGGACCUCAUAUCUCAAUGCCUGAUGUGGAUUUCAAGUUGAAAGGUCCAAAGCUGAAAGGCAAUGUGGAUGUAUCUGUUCCAAAGAUUAAAGGAGACAUAGGAAAACCUGACAUUGAUAUCAAAGGUCCACGGAUUGAUAUUGAAGGACAAAAGACUGGAUUUGACAUGCCUAAAAUCAAAAUGCCAACUUUUAACCGUAAAGGUCCUAAAAUGGAGGGUCCGGAUAUUGAUGUAAACCUCCCCAAAGCUGACAUUGAUGUGAAUGUACCUAGUGUUGACAUUAAAGCUCCAGAGAUUGACAUCGAAGGUCCUGAUGCAAAACUCCAUGGACCAAAUAUCAAAUUACCAUCAAUUUCAGGACCCAGAGUCCCAGACUGGGAUCUUAAACUGAAGGGACCCAAAGUAAAGGGAGAUGUUGAUGUCUCAGUUCCAAAGAUUGAGGGUGAUAUAAAAGGACCCAAAAUUGAUAUUGAAGGACCAGAUGUUGACCUUGAUGGUAAAGCAGGAGGAUUUAAAAUGCCUAAAUUCAAAAUGCCAUCCUUUGGAUUUAAAGGCCCACAUGGUGAAGGGCCAGACGUUGAUGUUAGUCUCCCAGAGGCUGAUAUUGAUAUCAAAGGACCAGAAGUUGACCUGGAAAGUCCCAGUGGUAAGAUCAAGGGACCAAAAUUCAAAAUGCCAACAAUUACAGGACCUAAUAUCUCUAUGCCUGAUGUGGAUUUCAAUAUGAAAGGUCCAAACCUGAAAGGCGGUGUGGAUGUAUCAGGUCCAAAGAUUAAAGGAGACAUAGGAAAAACUGACAUUGAUUUCAAAGGUCCAGGGUUUGAUAUUGAAGGACCAAAGGCUGGAUUUGACAUGCCAAAAAUCAAAAUGCCAACUUUCAAAGUUCCUAAAAUGGAGGGCCGUCCAGGGAUUGAUAUUGAAGGACCAAAGGCUGGAUUUGAAAUGCCUAAAAUCAAAAUGCCAACUUUCAAAGGUGCUAAAAUGGAGGGCCCAGAUAUUGAUGUGAACCUCCCUAAGGCUGACUUUACCUUACCGAGUGUUGACGUCAAAGCUCCAGAGAUUGACAUCAAAGCUCCUGAUGCAAAACUCCAUGGACCAAAUAUCAAAUUACCAUCAAUUUCAGCGCCCAAGCUCCCAGACUGGGAUCUUAAACUGAAAGGGCCCAAAGUAAAGGGAGAUGUUGAUGUCUCAGUUCCAAAGAUUGAGGGUGAUAUAAAAGGACCCAAACUUGAUAUUGAAGGACCAGAUGUUGACCUUGAUGGUAAAACAGGAGGAUUUAAAAUGCCUAAAUUCAAAAUGCCAUCCUUUGGAUUUAAAGGCUCACAUGGUGAAGGGCCAGAGGUUGAUGUUAGUCUCCCGGAGGCUGAUAUUGAUAUCAGAGCUCCAGAUAUUGAUAUCAAAGGACCAGAGGUUGACCUGGAAAGUCCCAGUGGAAAGAUCAAGGGAUCAAAAUUCAAAAUGCCAAACAUCAAAGGACCUCAAAUCUCUAUGCCUGAUGUGGAUUUUAAUUUGAAAGGUCCAAACUGGAAAGGCGGUGUGGAUGUUUCAGGUCCAAAGAUUAAAGGAGACAUAGGAAAACCUGACAUUGAUUUCAAAGGUCCAGGGAUUGAUAUUGAAGGACCAAAGGCUGGAUUUGAAAUGCCUAAAAUCAAAAUGCCAACUUUCAAAGGUGCUAAAAUGGAGGGCCCAGAUAUUGAUGUGAACCUCCCCAAAGCUGACUUUGAUGUGAACGUACCAAGUGUUGACAUCAAAGCUCCAGUAAUUGACAUCAAAGCUCCUGAUGCAAAACUCCAUGGACCAAAUAUCAAUUUACCAUCAAUUUCAGGACCCAAGCUCCCAGAGUGGGAUCUUAAACUGAAAGGGCCCAAAGUAAAGGGAGAUGUUGAUGUCUCAGUUCCAAAGAUUGAGGGUGAUAUAAAAGGACCCAAACUUGAUAUUGAAGGACCAGAUGUUGACCUUGAUGGUAAAACAGGAGGAUUUAAAAUGCCUAAAUUCAAAAUGCCAUCCUUUGGAUUUAAAGGCUCACAUGGUGAAGGGCCAGAGGUUGAUGUUAGUCUCCCGGAGGCUGAUAUUGAUAUCAGAGCUCCAGAUAUUGAUAUCAAAGGACCAGAGGUUGACCUGGAAAGUCCCAGUGGAAAGAUCAAGGGAUCAAAAUUCAAAAUUCCAAACAUCAAAGGACCUCAAAUCUCUAUGCCUGAUGUGGAUUUUAAUUUGAAAGGUCCAAACUGGAAAGGCGGUGUGGAUGUUUCAGGUCCAAAGAUUAAAGGAGACAUAGGAAAACCUGACAUUGAUUUCAAAGGUCCAGGGAUUGAUAUUGAAGGACCAAAUGCUGGAUUUGACAUGCCUAAAAUCAAAAUGCCAACUUUCAAAGGUUCUAAAAUGGAGGGCCCAGAUUUUGAUGUGAACCUCCCUAAAGCUGACAUUGAUGUGAACUUACCAAGUGCUGACGUCAAAGCUCCAGAGAUAGACAUCGAAGCUCCUGAUGCAAAACUCCAUGGACCAAAUAUCAAAUUACCAUCAAUUUCAGGACCCAAGCUCCCAGAGUGGGAUCUUAAACUGAAAGGACCCAAAGUAAAGGGAGAUGUUGAUGUCUCAGUUCCAAAGAUUGAGGGUGAUAUAAAAGGACCCAAACUUGAUAUUGAAGGACCAGAUGUUGACCUUGAUGGUAAAACAGGAGGAUUUAAAAUGCCUAAAUUCAAAAUGCCAUCCUUUGGAUUUAAAGGCUCACAUGGUGAAGGGCCAGAGGUUGAUGUUAGUCUCCCGGAGGCUGAUAUUGAUAUCAGAGCUCCAGAUAUUGAUAUCAAAGGACCAGAGGUUGACCUGGAAAGUCCCAGUGGAAAGAUCAAGGGAUCAAAAUUCAAAAUGCCAACCAUCAAAGGACCUCAAAUCUCUAUGCCUGAUGUGGAUUUUAAUUUGAAAGGUCCAAACUGGAAAGGCGGUGUGGAUGUUUCAGGUCCAAAGAUUAAAGGAGACAUAGGAAAACCUGACAUUGAUUUCAAAGGUCCAGGGAUUGAUAUUGAAGGACCAAAGGCUGGAUUUGAAAUGCCUAAAAUCAAAAUGCCAACUUUCAAAGGUGCUAAAAUGGAGGGCCCAGAUAUUGAUGUGAACCUCCCUAAGGCUGACUUUGAUGCGAACUUACCGAGUGUUGACGUCAAAGCUCCAGAGAUUGACAUCGAAGCUCCUGAUGUAAAACUCCAUGGACCAAAUAUCAAAUUACCAUCAAUUUCAGCGCCCAAGCUCCCAGACUGGGAUCUUAAACUGAAAGGGCCCAAAGUAAAGGGAGAUGUUGAUGUCUCAGUUCCAAAGAUUGAGGGUGAUAUAAAAGGACCCAAACUUGAUAUUGAAGGACCAGAUGUUGACCUUGAUGGUAAAACAGGAGGAUUUAAAAUGCCUAAAUUCAAAAUGCCAUCCUUUGGAUUUAAAGGCUCACAUGGUGAAGGGCCAGAGGUUGAUGUUAGUCUCCCGGAGGCUGAUAUUGAUAUCAGAGCUCCAGAUAUUGAUAUCAAAGGACCAGAGGUUGACCUGGAAAGUCCCAGUGGAAAGAUCAAGGGAUCAAAAUUCAAAAUUCCAAACAUCAAAGGACCUCAAAUCUCUAUGCCUGAUGUGGAUUUUAAUUUGAAAGGUCCAAACUGGAAAGGCGGUGUGGAUGUUUCAGGUCCAAAGAUUAAAGGAGACAUAGGAAAACCUGACAUUGAUUUCAAAGGUCCAGGGAUUGAUAUUGAAGGACCAAAGGCUGGAUUUGAAAUGCCUAAAAUCAAAAUGCCAAACUGUGAAGGGCCAGAGGUUGAUGUUAGUCUCCCGGAGGCUGAUAUUGAUAUCAGAGCUCCAGAUAUUGAUAUCAAAGGACCAGAGGUUGACCUGGGUCCCAGUGGAAAGAUCAAGGGACCAAAAUUCAAAAUUCCAACCAUCACAGGACCUCAUAUCUCUAUGCCUGAUGUGGAUUUCAAUUUGAAAGGUCCAAACUGGAAAGGCGGUGUGGAUGUUUCAGGUCCAAAGUUUAAAGGAGACAUAGGAAAACCUGACAUUGAUUUCAAAGGUCCAGGGAUUGAUAUUGAAGGACCAAAGCUGGAUUUGACAUGUAAAAUCAAAAUGCCAACUUUCAAAGGUUCUAAAAUGGAGGGCCCAGAUAUUGAUGUGAACCUCCCUAAAGCUGACAUUGAUGUGAACUUACCAAGUGUUGACGUCAAAGCUCCAGAGAUUGACAUCCAAGCUCCUGAUGCAAAACUCCAUGGACCAAAUAUCAAAUUACCAUCAAUUUCAGGACCCAAGCUCCCAGAGUGGGAUCUUAAACUGAAAGGACCCAAAGUAAAGGGAGAUGUUGAUGUCUCAGUUCCAAAGAUUGAGGGUGAUAUAAAAGGACCCAAACUUGAUAUUGAAGGACCAGAUGUUGACCUUGAUGGUAAAACAGGAGGAUUUAAAAUGCCUAAAUUCAAAAUGCCAUCCUUUGGAUUUAAAGGCUCACAUGGUGAAGGGCCAGAGGUUGAUGUUAGUCUCCCGGAGGCUGAUAUUGAUAUCAGAGCUCCAGAUAUUGAUAUCAAAGGACCAGAGGUUGACCUGGAAAGUCCCAGUGGUAAGAUCAAGGGACCAAAAUUCAAAAUUCCAACCAUCACAGGACCUAAUAUCUCUAUGCCUGAUGUGGAUUUCAAUUUGAAAGGUCCAAACCUGAAAGGCGGUGUGGAUGUUUCAGUUCCAAAGAUUAAAGGAGACAUAGGAAAACCUGACAUUGAUUUCAAAGGUCCAGGGUUUGAUAUUGAAGGACCAAAGGCUGGAUUUGACAUGCCUAAAAUCAAAAUGCCAACUUUCAAAGGUUCCAAAAUGGAGGGCCCAGAUAUUGAUGUGAACCUCCCCAGAGCUGACAUUGAUGUGAACGUACCAAGUGUUGACAUCAAAGCUCCAGCGAUUGAUAUUGAAGGCCCUGAUGCAAACCUACAAGGACCAAGGAUCAAAUUUCCAUCAAUUUCAGGACCCAAGCUUUCAGACUGGGAUACUAGUUUUAAAGGGCCCACAGUGAAGGGAGAUGUCUCAAUUCCAAAGAUUGAGUGUGAUAUAAAGGGACCCAACAUUGAUAGUGAAGGACCAGAUGUUGACAUUGAUGGUAAAACAGGAGGAUUUAAAAUGCCUAAAUUCAAAAUACCAUCCUUUGGAUUUAAAGGCUCACAUGUUGAAGGGCCAGAAAUUGAUGUUAGUCUCCCAGAGGCUGAUAUUGAUAUCAGAGCUCCAGAUAUUGAUAUCAAAGGACCAGAGGUUGACCUGGAAGGUCCCAGUGGUAAGAUCAAGGGACCAAAAUUCCAAAUACCAACCAUCACAGGACCUCAUAUCUCUAUGCCUGAUGUGGAUUUCAAAGUGAAAGGUCCAAACCUGAAAGGCGGUGUGGAUCUAUCGGUUCCAAAGAUUAAAGGAGACAUAGGGGAACCUGACAUUGAUAUCAAAGGUCCAGGGAUUGGUAUUGAAGGGACAAAGGCUGGAUUUGAAAUGCCUAAAGUCAAAGUGUCAAACCUUAAAGGUCCCAAAAUGGAGGGCUCAGAUGUUCAUGUGAACCUUCCCAAAGCUGACAUUGGUGUAAAAACACCUGGUAUUGACAUCAAAUCAAAAAAGGAUUUCAAAGCACCUGAUCUUAAUGUAAAUCUCAAAGACCCUAAGAUAAAAGGUGAGAUUGAUGCUUCAGUGCCAUCCAUCACUGUGGAAGGUGGGAAGACAGGCAUUACAUUUCCAAAAUUCAAGGGUCCUAAGUUCGGAGUCAAAUCACCAGAAAUAGAGGGUCCUGAUUCCAUGGUUAAGUCACCCAAAUUCAGUGUAGGAGCAAAAGGUACCAGAACACUCCCAGUUGCUGAAGCAAGCCUGGAUGCUCCUGAUAUUGACAUCAGUGUAAAGGGCAAAAAGGGGAAAUUCAAACUUCCUAAAGUAAAAACAAAGACAAAGAAAUCCGAUCUUGACAUAGAAAUGCCAGCAGUCAACUUGGACGUAGACACACCCAGUAUUCAUGUCAAAGGAACAAAGGUAAAGAAGCCUCUUUUUGGUAAGCUUCAUUUUCCUGAUGUUGAAUUAGAUAUUAAAUCACCAAAAUUGAAAGGUGAACAUGACAUUGAUUUGCCAUCUGGUAGCCUCAAUACAUCAUUUGCGGGUUCAGGCGUGGGUAGUCCAAAUGUUAGUUUUGGAGGGUCAAUGCCAAAUGUGAAAGGUGGUGCAGGUAUUGAUGCAAGUGUCUCAGGUAGCAGCGGAAUUGGUAGACUUCAGUACCCAGAGGGUACGGUAACAUUUCCCAAAAUCAAAGUACCCAAGUUUGGUUUUGUUUUCCCUCAAUUAGAAGGCCAAGAGUGUGGAGGAAAUGUUGAAACAGAACUCUUAGCCAGUGGAGGCAUGAACCUACAGUCUCCAUCUGUCAGUUGCCAAGCCAGUUCACAGCAUAUUGAGGAUCCCAGUUCAGAACUUAAGCAUGGUGAAAGCAAAGUAAAGGUAAAGAUGCCAAAUUUUUUUGGCAAAUCAAAAGCAAAGGGUAGUAGUGCAAGUGACAUCCGUGGGCCAGAGGUAGAAUUCAGUAAUAGUGGAAAAGGCAAAAAUGUCUCCAAGGACGUAAAUGUAUUCACUGGCGAGGUGAUGGUUGGAAAAUUGGAAGUAGAAGGUGAUCCGAGAUUUGAUGUAUCAACUAAAGGAAAGUCAGCUUCACUCGAUCUGUUCAAGAAAUCCAGACAUCGGUCUUCUCUGAGUGACGAAGAGGGUCUUGCAGUCAGUUCUCCUUCAGUUCACUUGGCAGAGGGUGGUGACAUUUCAUUAGACCUUGGAGGAAGCAAGGUCAAAGGAAAGAAAAGCAAGUUGAAGUUUGGCACGUUUGGAGGUUUUGGUUCAAAGUCAAAGGGCUCAUAUGAAGUGGCACUUGGUGAGGACAGUGAAGCAGGAGCAGAGGGAAGUGCAAGUCUCUCACUACCCUCUAAGAAGUCAAGAUUGUCUUCAUCAUCCAGCAGUGACAGUGGUUCAAGAGGUGCUGUUAGGUUCCCAAGAGUUGAAAUGAAAAGCGAGGGGAUUCGUCAGGGUGGGCUGUUUGUCAUACGUCUUUACAACACCUGGAACCACACGUCUGAAUAG